GAAAGAUAUGGGUAAAUCAAUUAUUAAGAGCAAGAUGAUAUGGAAACAUGUGAAAAGAGAAGGGCAAGUGAGUCUAUUUACGUUCAAUGUAUCAAACAAAGACAGGGACUUGCUUACCUGGUUGGGAAGGAAUAAUGUUCAUCAUUUCCCUAUUAUUUCAAGCAAGGAAUGUCCUAAACAAGAUCCUUCCAGUGUGGACAACGGGAUUGCUGUGACGUACAUUAUCAAGCGAUUAUCGGAAGGUCUUGAAUUAGAGUCUACCUUUAAAAAAGGUGCCAUGACUCAGCAGAGAGCACAUGUUUUGGGAAGGUUCUUAAGUGACAACAAUGACGGUUAGGCUCAUCUUUGUGAAAGGAGUUUGGGAGGGACAGGAAUGCCAUUUGGAAGGCCUUUCAUCAGUUUUUAUGUCUUUUC